AUGGGCGAGGGAAUGAUUCUCGACCCAUGGCCCAUGGUCACCAAGGGCUUCCUCGGCCUCUCCGUGGUCAUGUGGCUCGUCACAGCUAUUCCCUACACCUACGACUUCCUCUCAGCCCUCGUCGUCGACUACUUCUGGGAGAUCCUCAUGGUCUUUCUGCUUUUGCACAUCAUCCCUUCCCUCGCCUUUUUCUUCGUUCAAGUUCUGAACCCCGUUCUCCGUCGCCUCACCCCGUCCCUGUCCUGUUCGCCCGAGACAGCUGCCAACAUCCAACAGGCAGCGUACAACUACAGCAUGCUCGCCAUAAUUCCUCUUUUCAAGAGCUUUAUCGAUGGCUUGUUCAAGACACAGAAAGCUUUGGCCUCGGGUCUCGUCACCAUCACGGAUUACCACACGGUUUUGGGCAAACUUUGCGCCUCCUCCAUCAUCAUCCAGGACAUCUUUCGCGCCCUUGGCGGCAAGAAGCCCGUCGAUAUUCUGGAUGAAAGCGACCGGGACAACUACAAGAAGCGCAUCGAUGAGUUGACAGAAAACUACCGCGAGAUGAGAACCGAAAGAAACCAGUGGGUUAGCAAAAGCGAGAAGUGGGAAUCCAACUGUAAGGCCUUGGAAGCAAAACUGAACGAAGAGUGCGGUCGUAAAGGCGUGCUGGAGUCGCUUCAGACCAACGAAAGGAACGAGUGGGACACGCGUGAAGAUUUGCUAUUCGGAGAGCUUGACAGACUUCAGAAGAAGGUCGAUAACAAAGUCAAUUCUUGGAAGGUCCAGAAGACCAUUCUGAAUUUAGAGAACAAGAUCGCCGAACAACAGAAAGAACUCGAACAAUACAAGCCCGAGUCGAACGCCAUCCAGACGAUCAAAGCCCAGCUUCAAGACAAGGGAAACCAGAUCAAGGCUUUGGAGAAACAGGUCGAAAGUCAACAGAGACUCCACGAGUGGAACACCAAGUUUAUCACCAAGUAUGAAGGUCAGGUGCGCGAUCUGCAGGAUAAGCUCAGAGACGAGGCCAAGAGGCUUGGUCUCAAGGUUCGUGAGCAUUGGUCAGAAGCUGAAAUGUGGAACAAGAGUCACGACAAGCAAGCAAAGAAAGUCGAAUCCUUGAAGAAGGAGGUUGAGAAGCUUGAGGGAAUGGUCGGCAAGGACCAAAAAGCCGAAAACGACAACAUGGCAGCAAGCAACAGACUGCUGAGAGAAACGAACAAAAACCUGCGGAAAAUCAUCAAACCUCUGAACAUCCCUGCGGAGCUUCUCGAUGUCAUCCACAAGCCCGAAACCCCGAAGUUGGUCGAGGCAACACUGGCAAAGCGCACCGAGGACGAGUACGCAAGAAGGAUGAACCUUGAGAAAGAUCUUCUACAAGACCAACUUCGAGCCGACAGGGAGGAAUUUGAAAAGGAGAAGAAUGAGGCGCGCGUGGAAUACUACGAUUGGAAGAGAGACAGGGCGAGCACCGAGCAGGAUUUAUCUGCCAAGUUGCAAGAGCUCGGUGAGCAGAAUAACACGCUUGCGGCUCGCGAGAACAAUGCACAGAAAACAAUUGCCGCCAAGGACGCAGAGAUAAACAAACUAAAACAAUACGCCGCAUAUGAUGAUAAGAAGGUCGCAACAGUCCGAGACUUGUACAGCAAGAAGAGCCAGGAGCUUGAAGCGAAGAACCAGGAGCUUGAGGAGCUGGAGAAGGCUCGCACCAACGUCGGUGCCGGCAUCAACCAACAAGUUCAACAGUUGUCGGCGGCUUUGUCGCAGGAAAAGCAGAAGAACGCCAAGCUUGAAAGCGACCUUGCUCAAGACCGGCAAGCGAUUGAAAAUGAGAAGCGCCAUGUUCAGCAAGACCGGGAAGCGAUUGAGAAUGAGAAGCGCCAGGUCCAGGAAGACCGAGAGAAGCUCGAGAAGGCCACGGCAGCGGCGGAGCAAGACUUCAACAAUACGAAGCAAGACAUCGCCCAGCGUGAGCAGAAAGUUCUUCAAAUGCAGGCAGAAGUGCAGGCUCAGGCGGACCAACUGGGCAAGUCGGCCACUCAGAACCAGUCACUCGCAGAUGUGGAGGGCCGCGAACAGCAGCUCGCGCAGUGGACUGAAAGAUUGCACCAGCAGGAAGCCCAGAAUACUGCCGAUCACCAACAAAUUACCCAACAUCAGCAAGAGAUUACUCAAAAGCAACAAGAGAUUACCCAACAGCAACAGGAGAUUGUCCAAGAGAGGCAGGCCAUGUCAGAGCAAGUACAACAACAAGUACUACAACAAGUGGAACAACUGGUACAGCAGCAGAUGCAGCAGCUCGAGGAACAGCUUGAAGAGCGGCAACAAGCCCUCGCCAACGAGAGAGAGGAGUUUGAUAACGAGCGAGAGAGAUUGCGAAAGGGUUACCAAGUCGCCAAUGACAAGCUCAACGAGGAGAAGAGACAACUGCAGAACGGCGGACACGACUCAUCGGAAAUGAACAAGAAGAUGGCCGAGAUGAUCAAGAGUCACGCCAAGCAGUACGAGGAGAUGGAACGUCUCUUGCAUGCCAAGACCAUGAAGGAGGCGAACUUCAUGAAGGAGCGCAAGAAGCUGGAGGGGGACAUGGCGAGAACCCAACGGGAUUGUGACAGACUCCGAGCUGAGAACCGGCACCUGAGAGGCAAGACAGCUGGCGAUGCGGCCUCUAAGACAGGCUCAAGCAGCAGUAAUACCGCUCAGAAGCCAUCGCAACCAUCUAACAACUGGGCUGUUCCCGCGACGAUUGCUCUCCCAGGCCCUGCCACCCCCAACGCUUCGAGCAGCAACACGACUGCCCAGGAACCUUCGGAGCCGCCCAGGAACUGGAUCGUUCCCGCAAACAAUGCUAUUCCCGGAACAGUCGCUGCCAACCCUGGUGGUGAGGCCGCGACAGCUCAAGCGUCAUCGGGCAGAAAGUCAUCUUUCGGUUCCCUUUUUGGAUCAUCUCCCGCCCAAGAACCUGCGCCCUCUCCCGCGCCGGACGCGACUGGGGAUGUGUCGAUGGAGAAUGCUGAACCGCAGAAUGAAACGAUGGCAGACCUCUUUGGCGAAGAAUUCGAGAAGGAGGUAGACCGCGAGCUGGAUGCAAUGAAGGGAGAGGAGGAGCAGAAGAAGUGGAAGAAGAUGAUCGAGACGGAAACCCUGAAGAGAGAAGAGGCGUGCAAGAAGAUGCUCCAAAGUAGCACGUUCACCCUCAACGUCCCCAUUAACACAUCCACAGGGCAAGCGACCACAGAAAGGCAGCACACUUCGUUCUUCCAGAAUCUUCCACCUCCUCCGGACCGAAAGAUUGCGCAGCCUCGGGGCCAAACAUCUGCAAAGCAAGAGACCGAAGAGACGCAGCCCAGCCCAUUCUUCGCAGCUUUCCCGGAAAGAAAGAUUGCGAAGCCUCGUCGCCGAAUCACUCAGGAGCCUGCCCCGCCACCGCCAGCGCCUCCUACUCCGAAAUUCGGGAACAAGAAGGAACCGGGGUCCUCGUCCGUCAAGACGGAUCAGCCUAUGGAAGGGGUGGAGGAGCCCAGCGAGCCGCAGACUACUGCCGCCGAGUCCGCGCGCCCCAAGACCGCUCGCAAGCAGCCGGUCACCAGCAACCCGGAUCGACCCAAGACCGCGCGGAAGGCGCCAGUCAAGAGACCAACGCAGUGGAAUCUCGACGUCGAAAUUGAAGACGGUGAACCGCCCCUCCUCAUGGUCUACCAUGCCAACGAGACUCCCGAAGAAUGCGCGAGGAAGUUCCUGGACGACAACGAGCUGCCCCUCGCGUUUCUCGAACAGCUAAUGAACUUCAUUAAGAAAAACGUCAACCACGAGGAGCCCGAGCCCGAGCCCGUCCCGAAGGACAGGAAGAUCAAGACCCCUCGCCGCCGCAUGGCUGACCGCAAUUUCAUGGACAAAGAGUCCCUUACCCCCGACCGCGAACCGUGGGUUCGAUCCGAUCCCGUCGCGCAGGCUUCAAACCAAGCGCCUGCGACUCCCCGCCACCCCCCGCCCAAGAGAGCUGUAACACAAGAGGACGCUGGGGCAUACCUCCACCGACUGCGAGAGCUUGCGGCCGGAGGAGCAUACACCGUUCGUCCAACCUUCCAAUCACGCUCCCCGAAGCCGUUCACCGACCCGUUCCCCAAGGAGGGCGACCCGGAGUUUGGAAAGCAUCCCGACGCGGAUUACCUGCCCCCGGGCAACGACGACACGGAAGACGAAGACUCCGAUCAGGAGAUGCAAGAAGAAGACUCGCACGCAGAGUCAGAGUUCAACAUGAACUGGUACAGCAAUAUGAAUAACCCAAAUGCCAAUGAUGAAGAUGGCGAUACCCAAGAGGCUCACAGCCCGGAUGCCCACGGCCCAGAUCUCUUUGGCCCUAACGGAAUAGAUUUCGACGCAGCAAAGGACUUCGACAUUGACGAUGAAGGGAUGUUCCUAUACAAAUACAAAUAG